AUGGCACCGCCGUCGUGGCAAGGGCACGCAACUGCCGUCGUUUCCGUGUCCCUCCUGAUUCUCGUCGUAGCACCUUCGUCCACCGCCGGUAUCGGCGUCAACUACGGCACCAAGGGCGACAACCUCCCGCCGCCGGCCACGGUGGCGUCGUUCCUGGCCAACCGCACCCGCAUCGACCGCGUGAAGCUAUUCGACACGAACCCGGACAUGGUCCGCGCCUUCGCCGGCACGGGCAUCGCGCUCAUGGUCACCGCGGGCAACGGCGACAUCCCCAAGCUCGCGACCAAGGACGGCGCGGCGGCGUGGGUGUCCGCCAACGUGGCGCCGUACUACCCGUCGACGGACAUCUCGCUCGUCCUCGUCGGGAACGAGAUCAUGGACACGGGCGACAAGGAGCUCAUCUCCAACCUGGUGCCCGCCAUGCGCGCGCUCAAGGCGGCGCUGGUGGCGGCCGGGUACCCCAAGAUCCGCGUGUCAACGCCGCACUCCCUGGGCAUCCUGGCCGGCGUGUCGGAGCCGCCGUCCGCGAGCCGGUUCCGCGACGGCUGGGACCGCGCCGUGUUCGCGCCGAUGCUGGCGUUCCACCGGCAGAGCAGGUCACCGUUCAUGGUGAACCCGUACCCGUACUUCGGGUACAACGGCGCGACGCUCCCCUACGCGCUCGCGCGGCCCGACAACCACCUGGGCGUGACGGACCCCGGCACGGGCAUCACGUACACCAGCAUGUUCGAGGCGCAGCUGGACUCGGUGUUCUCGGCGAUGAAGAGGCUCGGGUUCGACGACGUGGAGAUCGCGGUGGGCGAGACAGGGUGGCCGACCAAGGCGAUGGACGGGCAGAUCGGCGUGAGCAACGCCGACGCGGCGGAGUACAACCGGUACCUCAUCGGCGAGGCCGGCGGCGGGUCGGGCACGCCACUGAUGCCCAAGCGCACCUUCGAGACGUACAUCUUCGCGCUCUUCAACGAGAACCUCAAGCCGGGCCCCGUCGCCGAGCGCAACUUCGGCCUGUUCUACGCCAACCUCACGCCGGUGUACGACGUCGGCCUCAUGAAAGACGGGGUGAAGACAGGGGCUGCGCCGGUGCCGGCUCCGGCAGCCACCCUAGCGUCCGCCCCUGAAUCCAAGACUGCCAAGAAAGAUGACGCGGAGGAGACCGCGACACCUGAAGAGACGGCCGCAUCAGCGGAGGCGCCUGCGCCGUCGUCUGUGGACGACGAAGCUUCAUCCGAGGCCACCGGACCAUCGCCGUCGUCAGAGGCGCCGUCGUCAGAGAAGGGUGAUUCGACCGACGAAGACAAGACGCCGGAGGAGGAAGGAGGGGAUGGUCCGCCACCGGCGACGGCAGCGGCCAGCGGCCCGGCCGAUGAGUCGUCGGAGACAGCACCAAAGGACGGCGAUGCUGCUGAAGGCGGUAAAACGCCGGCGCCGGCGGGAGCAGCGUCGUCUCACGGCAGCAACCUCCGAGUGCCCGUCUCGUCCGUCCUUACAAUUGCUCUGUCGUCUCUAGCUCUUGGCAUCUAA